AGCAGUAUGGCGGAGUUCACUGGACGACGAGUUAAGAUUCUGCUAGAGAAUGGCACAGAUUAUGAAGGGUUCGUGCAUUCAAUGGACCAAUCAGUUGGCAAGCUUACUCUUGAGAAAGUGACCAUUCCAUCAACAGGAAAGAAGUUCCAGGGUCUCAAACAUUUCUUCAGGGAUGAUUUAGUGUCAGUUGAUGUUCUGGAAGAGCAAAUAAAGUCAAAGAAGGAGGAGAAGAAAGACUUCAUGGUUACCGACAGAAGGGAGUCUGGUCCUCGUAUGAUGUUCUCCAAGUACACCCCUGUCCACUUGGACAGACUGCGGUCGUUUGACUCCAAAGAUAAGCAACUGAAGAGGAUAUCGUCAAAAGAAGAUCUAAAAUCAGAUUCGGAGCAAACGGUGAAGUUGGAAUCCAAGAGCUCCGACAAUGAUUCCAGUGACCAGGAUGAUAGAAAUUCAGACGAUUUGUUUGUGGUCAUCAGUAAGGUUGGCAGGAAGUUUGAUAAAGUGUUGAGAGAGAUUUACACGCAGAAGAUAAUAGGAGUUGCAUUGGAGGGCGUGUGUAUUGGAAGAUCAGGAACCCUCUGUUGGCUAAAUAUCGUCAUACGCCAACGUGUCUUUCUGUUUGAUGUACUGAGUAUGGGAAAGGAGUGCUUCGAGGAAGGCUUGAAGGACCUGUUAGAAGAUGGUAGUGUUCUGAAGGUGAUGCACGAUUGUCGAUUGGCGUCGGAUCUCCUACACCACCAGUUUGGAGUUAAUCUUCGUAACAUGUUUGAUACACAGGUGGCAAAUGCGUUCGUGUACCGUACAUUCCGAGGGCAUGGAAACUGGCCACGGUAUGUUGAGGGUCUGCAGGCUUCCCUGUUUGACCACCUUGACCUGCCACAGGAGCAGAUACAGCUUAUGAAAGUCCGUGCAGCCCUCAAAAAGGAAGACCAGCAGGUGUGGAUGGAAAGGCCAGCAGGGCGCCCUCUAUUGGAGGCCGCCUGUAAAAAUGUGAUGCAUCUACUUGACCUUCGACUUAUCCUUAUGGAGAAAAUGAUGGCAGAGUUUGUUGCUGGGGUCGACGUCUAUCUCGCGCACACUCGUGAUGCCAAUAACGAGGAGGCAAAGAAACACCAGUCGUCCGGUUACCUCCUACCCACGGCCUUUAAAGAUCUAGAUCGUAUCACUUCCCGCAAUUAUGGAAAUUAUUGGAGGUGUACCCAGAAGGACACGAACGGUUUUAACGAGAACUGUGAGGGCCUGGCUGACCCAGAUGUUAUUCACAGCCGCGAUUCUCUCUGGCACAUGGGUUCCAAGGAUAAUCCAGGCAACUCAAGAUUCCGAGGCACUAUGUACAUGAAGAAGUUUGAAAACUUGAGGAGAAUGAAUUCCCUUGAGGACAAAACGGCCCAGUCUGAUGAAACAGGACAAUCUGGCAAGCUGCAACAGCCGUCGGAUGAAGCCCCAAAAAAGAGGAAAGCUCCAGGCCCGAUAUUAUACAGUAGUCACAGCUCCACAAAUACAGACAGUCAAUCAGAGACAGAGUCCUCAAAAAUACCAGAAAACACAACAAACUGUUCAGCACUAAACCCAGCUACAUGUAGUGACGUGAACCAGUCCACGACUGGUAAGCUAAUCCGAUCCUUAGCUAACAAGAACGGAGAUAUCUCGGAGUGUGAUUCACUGGAGGGCUUUUCCAUACGUCCUGCAGGUGUUCUGGAGAGAUACAAUGUGGACCGUAGGAAAAAAUAUAAAAAUCAAGAAGUGAGAUCUACAUCGUAUUAUGCAGGACCACCAGACCACAGGGAGAACCCAGCACACGGUGGUUAUCAUUCAGAGAAAGAGAAUAUGUUAAGCAAGGGUUCCCCGCCGCAAUCUUUGCCAGAACUGACUGUGUCGCCUCAAUUAGAAACUAGAGCUAGCCUUACAUAUUGUAACACAGAGUUUACUGACCACCAAGGACAUGAAACAGUGUCUCCGCAGACCACUCCAGUAAAGAAAUCUCCUGACACGAAGAAGGUCUCCCCUCUCAAGGCCUUACAAAACAGUCUAGAUUCGUCUAACAGCAGACUAGAAAAAAUGAAGUUGAUGUGUAAUGCUUUGAAAAAUCCCAACUGAUGUCACUUUUACCAAGAAUAUUGAUACAAUACUUGAAUGUACUUCAUGCCCAUUGUGUUCAUUUAAGCAUUGAACUGCUUUCAGUUUGCAUUCAUAGGCAAUAUGAAUGCCAACUG